CUCAGUCUGAAACCAGCGAGCAUCUUGCAGCAAUUCUCUCUUCCAGAUCGGUGGAAACAUGACUGCCACAACCUUCAGCAACAACGUGGAAAAACUCUCAAAUGCCAAAGAGGAGCGCAAGUUAAGAAAACCUCUUAUCGAAAGAAAACGCCGAGAGCGGAUCAACAACUGUCUCGACCAACUGAAAGAAACAGUGGUCAGCGCCUUUCGCCUCGAUCAAUCAAAACUGGAAAAAGCAGAUAUCCUCGAGAUGACAGUGAAACAUCUUCAGAAUGUUCAAAACAGCAGGAUGAUGGCUGAUACUAAAAUUGGACUCGAGGCUCAGCAGAGAUACAGUGCUGGCUACAUCCAGUGUAUGCAUGAAGUGCACAACCUGCUAUUGACAUGUGAUUGGAUGGACAAAACUGUAGGGGCGCGCUUGUUGAACCACUUACUCAAGUCGCUGCCUCGAUCCAGCGAAGAUUCGCGCCAGUCCAGCCUGAAGACACCAGCCGUUAACCCCCAAACCUCAAAGACUCAGCUCCCUUCGGUGACCCAGGGGAAUAUUCCUGCAGUUCACGCCGCUUCCUCGGGAGCUGUGGAUCCAUCUCCUCGCUCAUCUCCUGACCGACACUGCAAUCCUGGGUUUAAAGUGUGCGGGAAAAAUAUCGACCCAUUUCCAAAUCCUCCUGCAAACAUGCACCUACCCUCCAGCUCUCCCACCCAACAGCUCCAAGAAGACUUGGCCUUAAUGCAUAAUUCGCCUGUUGCAUCUUCAGGCGUGUGGAGACCCUGGUGAAGAGAUUGUGUGGCUUUACUAAAGAUUAGACUGUCCUUAUGUAUCUCAUAGAUAUGCUUCUCGAAACACUGCUGGGCAAAAAAAAAUGUCCCUUAUGUGUGCUAAAAUCAGGGUACUUCACGCUGAAGGGUGCUUAUCCGUAGCCUAUAUUGUAGAAGGCGUUUACAAUGUUGUAUUCAAUGAAAUACAUCUAAUUUAUUUGAUAGAAUGCUUGCGGGCUUUUAAUUCCUCAUAUGUUAUGUUUAUAUUUCAA